UGUUCUAACCUCACAAAACUUUGUGCUUUGUGGGUAACCUACAAAAUGUCUCUUCAACACAGAAAUGUAAUCAAUUUAAUUUUAUUAGAAAGAUUUGGGAAAGUUAUAGCAGAUGUAGGAGACAUAAUUUUUCAAAAUCCGAGUUCUCUCUACAAUAUAGUUAAAUCAGCUGAUAUACGUAUCAGUAAAGUAAAAGAAGCUUUAUCCGUAUUGAUUAAGUAUAAUUUGGUUACGUUUAAACUAAAUGUGGACUCCUCAGCUGCAAUCUAUAUGUUGAACCUUAAAAAUGUACUUCUAAUGCUCCGCUUCCCCAAAUUUAUCAAUCUGAUCAAGACCAAAUUUGAUGAAACGUAUGAAGUCUUGGUGGAAGAGAUCUUACUCAAAGGAUGUGUAACAGCCUCUGAACUAAUUAUCAAAGUUGCGAAACGCCUACAAGAGCAAAAAACCGUUAACAUUCUGCUUCAAGAACUUAAAGAUAAUUUCAACUCCUUGGUAACGGCAAAAUACGUAACAAGACUAUCAACGCAAGUAACAAAGGCGGAAGAGUUGUAUUUACUGCCAAACCUCGAUUUAAAACAAAUAUUGACGGUACUAAAUGGAGAAAACGAAACUCUCUCCGAUGCAGGGAUAUAUUGGACAAUAAACUCGGACCGUUUUCACCAAGAUUUGCGAGAUCAAUUAAUUGUAAACUCUGUGUCGAACAAAUUUGAUGACAAUAUGGGUGAACUAAUUAGAUUGUUGCUUCAACAAAUGUAUGUUAGAACCGAUCCUUGGGUUUCGUCAUCGAAUCCUAUACCAAUUUUAGAAGUGAAAGACAUUGUUAAAAAGCGCAACACCCACCCACAACUGGCCACAUUCUUUGAACAAUAUGUCAAUAUAUUGGAACAAGAUGCAACCGGAAUAAUACGAAAGGUGGGCGAAGCGAGUGGUGGCUCGUUUCAAGUGGAAAUCAAGCACAUAUUCACACAAUUAACAUGGGAAGCAGUGGAGGAGAUCGUUAAUGAAAAAUUCGAUUCAAAAGCAUCAAGAAUAUUUCGACUGGUAAAGUUGAGGCAUUACAUCGAACCUGAGCAGAUCCAGAAUUUGGUGAUGAUACCGGCAAAAGAAGUAAAGAGGAUUUUGUAUAUGCUAUUGGAAGAAAAUUUUUUGGUUGUUAAUGAACUAAAGAGGUCAGCCACCAGUUUGGGACCAAGUAAGUCAUUCACACUAUUCCACAUUCGUUUAAGUCAGGUCGUUAGAACAAUGUUGGAGUUGUGUUAUAAAACACUGUAUAAUAUAAUGACUAGAAGAUGUCAUGAAAAAUAUUUAAAUAAACGAUUAAUUGAUAAAAAACAUAGAGUGGAUACGAUCACCCAUGGGAUGAGAGUACAAGGAAUAUCAGGUGACUCUGUCUUAGAUAUUGAAGAAAUGAUUACUCCUCCAGAAAAUGAGAUAUUGGAACGGAUAGGCAAAAUGAUGAAGAAGUUGAGCUUAACAGAAUUGGAAAUCGAUGAAACAUUGUUUUUGUUGGAAAUGUAUCUAAAGUAUGAGUGAAGUUUGUUUAUAAAUAGAUUUCUUCCUCAUCCAUG